AUGUACAAGUCAUUGCUGCCGCGCGCAGGUCGCUCGCUUCUUUCUGCCAGAGCUCCUCCCCAGGUUGGGCCCUCAAAUCUCAGAAACACACCCCGCUUCCAGAUCGUGCCGCAGUCACAGCUACAACGGCGAGGCUACGCAUCUGAGGCUCCUGAGUACGAUGUACUGUUCAUAGGAGGUGGUGUUGCCGGCUAUGUUGGCGCCAUCAAGGCCGGCCAGGAAGGUCUAAAGACAGCAUGUAUCGAGAAGCGCGGCGCAUUGGGUGGCACAUGCCUGAACGUCGGCUGCAUACCUUCGAAAUCCCUCCUCAACAACUCCCACCUGUACCAUCAAAUAUUACACGAUACCAAGAAGCGCGGUAUCGACGUCGGCGAAGUAAAACUCAACCUCACACAAAUGAUGAAGGCGAAAGACGAGUCAGUAAGCGGGCUGACGAAGGGUGUGGAAUUUCUUUUCAAGAAGAACAAGGUCGAUUAUAUCAAGGGUGCUGGCUCAUUCGUGGACGAGCACACAGUGAAGGUUAACUUAACCGAUGGCGGUGAGCAAAGCGUGCGAGCCAAGAACAUUAUCGUCGCAACUGGCUCAGAAUCUACACCAUUCCCUGGGCUGGAGAUCGAUGAGAAGAAGGUCAUCACUUCCACCGGCGCAAUUGCGCUGAAAGAGGUUCCUAAGAAAAUGACCGUGAUUGGUGGCGGCAUCAUCGGUCUGGAAAUGGCUUCCGUGUGGUCUCGCCUUGGUUCCGAAGUUACCGUUGUUGAAUUCUUGGGCCAAAUCGGCGGUCCUGGCAUGGAUGCCGAUAUUGCCAAACAAGCGCAGAAGAUUCUCGGCAAGCAGGGCAUGAAAUUCAAGCUGAACACCAAGGUCACCUCCGGCGACGCCUCAGGUGCUGGCGUCAAGCUAGAGAUCGAAGCUGCCAAGGGUGGCAAAAACGAGACUAUCGAGUCAGAUGUCGUCCUCGUUGCGAUCGGCCGACGCCCAUACACUGAGGGCCUAGGCCUCGAGAACGUCGGCCUCGAGGUUGACGAGCGCAAGCGUCUCGUCAUCGACCAAGAAUACCGCACCAAGAUCCCCCACAUCCGUGUCAUCGGCGAUUGCACAUUCGGCCCCAUGCUGGCGCACAAGGCCGAGGAGGAAGCGGUCGCGGCCGUCGAGUACAUCAGCAAGGGCUACGGACACGUCAACUACGGCGCCAUUCCCAGUGUCAUGUACACGCACCCGGAAGUCGCGUGGGUGGGCCAGAACGAAGGCGAGCUCAAGGCCGCGGGCGUCAAAUACAAGGUCGGCACCUUCCCCUUCUCGGCCAACUCGCGCGCCAAGACCAACCUCGACACCGACGGCAUGGUCAAGUUCCUCAGUGACGCCGAGACGGACCGCAUCCUGGGCGUGCACAUCAUCGGUCCCAACGCCGGCGAGAUGAUCGCCGAGGGCACCCUGGCGGUCGAGUACGGCGCGAGCAGCGAGGACGUGGCGAGGACGUGUCACGCGCAUCCCACGCUCGCAGAGGCGUUCAAGGAGGCCGCCAUGAGCACGUAUAGCCAGGCGAUCCACUUCUAG